AUGCGGCGAUUCGACGCGAUUUUCGUAAUUCUUCUUCAAUUUUCCACUAUAUGCUGCGAGAUAUUCGCGCGAACCAAACGGCAGGCUCAAUUGGCGACUCAUGACGGCAUCGAUAUCCCGUUUACUCUAAGAAGUGCUAUCACUUGCUUAACACCUGGUAUCCGCGAAAAUAUCUGUCUGGGACCACGAGUCCAAGUUCUCAAGAAGGAUCGAAUCGGACUGACUGAUCGAGCUGGAGCAGCUUAUGGCUAUCAUAAUGGCGUCGAUGUGAGGGUUCUUCGACUUUACAAUAUCCCUCUAAUUGAGCAGGAUACCGAAAUUGGGCAAAGCGUUGGUGCAGUCGUCGAUGUCACCAAAAACGAUGGCGCAGUCGAAUUCGGCACAAGAGACAAGAUUUUCAAAGUUUGGAAGCAUAAUAAAGGCGGCGUCGUCGAAUGGGACACUCAAGGAGCCGGCGUCGACAUCGGCUCAAGGGCAUCGGUCGCCGACGAUCUGAUCAAGCUGAAACAUACCGUGUUCGGCGUCAACGUGGGACCCACAUCGCGACGAUCAAUCGUGGGACCAUAUCAAGUUGGAGGCACCAAGGGUCAAAAUUUGAAAGUCGACACCCCAAUCCAACACCUCUACCACGGCUACUACGCUGGUCGCGGCGAUUGGUACCGCAAUCAAUUCGUCAGACCCGGCGAUCAAUAUCGAACGUUCGAGCAGAAGGCGUGUCCGUGGUGCUUCGCCGUCGACGCCACCUAUCCGACGCAAACAAUGUUCAAUCCAAUUUUUACGGGAAAAUAG